UCGGGAGUCGUUUCGAUCUUUUUGGAGAAGAAGAUAAUGGAUGGCUUCGGCUAUGGCGGUUUCUCUGGAUCAUCGUAUCUGUACUGCUCCCCUUCUUCUAAUCCCACUUUGAUUCCGUCUUCAUCUGUUCCACCGUUCACGAUGAGCCACUCUGUUGAAUCCUAUGGUCCGCCCGAAGAAUUGUCUGGUCCGAUGAACUUUUAUGGUUAUUCUCAUCGAUCGCCGGCAGAUUGACCGUAUAACUCUGACUUUUUUGGAGUAGUUAAGUCUCAGGCGUCUUCGUCUUCGUUUUACGCCGGCAAUACACGACCAGGUAUAUGUCUCUGAAUUGCCUUUUGCAGCAGUUUUGGGGUUUCAAGAGCUCGGAGACAGUACCGUAUAAACUCUACAUAUGGUUAAGCUUCAGGAGGUGCCCAAGGUAGUAGGCACUGCAGAUGUUCAGGGCCACUAUGACCAGCCUUACUAUGGUGGCUAUGCUUUUACAGAGAUGGCCCAGGACAUGAAGAGCAUACUUGCGUCCAACUUCCCUGAUGACAAAGAAGCUCGACCACAAGCUGUCCUGUUCAAGAGUCUCUGGCUUGAAGCUGAAGCUGCUUUAUAUUCUACAACUUGCAUGGCUCAUUUUUACCGGAUCAGAAACGAGAUCGACGAUCACAAAUUGCUCAAUAAAGAAAAUUCGGCAAAUGCAUCUUCGUCGUGGCAAGAGCGUUCUUUUAACCUCCAGAAAUCGAUUCCCAUCACAAAAAAUCCAGGGCCACAUACAACCAAAUCAGUUGUAGAUGAGAACAGUGUCAUAACAAUGAAUUGUGUAACAGGAAGCUCAGGACAUAACACAGAUUCUGCGGGUGCAAAACUCAAGCCUGAUGCAAAUUAUGGAAAGGUUCCGAGUGCCAUACCCGAGGAUGCCCUUAUCUCCAACACAAACAGCUAUGCAGAUGAUGUUACAGACAGAUUUCAGAUUCUGAAACGUGGGGAAGCUAAGCACGAGAAUAGAUUGGAUUCACAUUCGAAUUCAGAUUCAGACAAGGCUGUUCGUUCAACUAACAGACGGAGACCAGAAGAGCGGCCAAAUGUUACGGACACCACUUUAUUCGUACGUAACAUUCGUUCCUUGCUCAUGCAUGCAUAUACUAUAUUCCAUUUUACCGUACAACGACAAUGGCUUAUAAGAAUUACCGAACAUUAAUUGUUUCCAAUACAUUAUGUAAU